AUGGACCAGAGAGUGGUAGCGGAGCACCCGGUGACCCUCAUCAUCAAGGCCCCCAACCAGAAAUACACCGACCAGACCAUCAGCUGCUUUCUGGAGUGGACUGUGGGCAAGCUGAAGUCCCACCUCUCCAAGGUGUACCCCAGUAAGCCGUUGACAAAGGAUCAGAGACUGGUGUAUUCUGGCAGACUGCUUCCUGACCAUCUCCAGCUGAAAGAUGUUCUCAGAAAACAAGAUGAAUAUCAUAUGGUUCACCUGGUAUGUACAUCUCGGACACCCCCAAGUUCUCCAAAACCCAGCACCAGUAGAGAAAGUCAUGGAGCAUCAACCUCCAGCAGUAGCUCAAAUUUGGACCGUUUUGGAUCAACUGCUGUCUCACCCACAAAUCAAGAAGCUUCUUCUUUGAACACUAGUGCAGAUGGAGUGAGGCAUCGUAAUCUUCCACAAGCACACAGCAAUCCCACGCCAAGCCACCAGUUCCCUUAUUUAAUGCAAGGCAAUAUAGGCAACCAGUUUCCAGGCCAAGGUGUUCCUGCUGGAUUUUCUAUGUAUCCUGCAUUCAGUCCCUUACAGAUGAUAUGGUGGCAACAGAUGUAUGUACGUCAGUACUACAUGCAAUACCAAGCUGCUGUUUCAGCCCAAGUGACUUCCAGCACUGAGCCAGCGAGAUCCGCAGUUGCCCAGGCUGUAAACUCAGAACGUGCUCCUGCAAAUGAGCCUGCAGCAGUGCCAAAUGUAGCCGUCCAGGAGAACAGGCCUGUAAACCAAAAUGUUCAGAUGAAUGCACAGGGUGGCCCAGUAGUGAAUGAAGAGGACUUCAACCGGGACUGGCUGGACUGGAUGUACACAUUCUCUAGAGCAGCAAUUCUUCUGAGCAUUGUAUACUUCUAUUCUUCUUUCAGUCGGUUUGUCAUGGUAAUGGGAGCCAUGCUGCUGGUUUAUUUACACCAAGCUGGAUGGUUUCCCUUUAGGCAAGAGGGAGGCCAGCAACAGGCAGCCAAUAAUGCAGAAGUGAACCGUGAUGGGCAACAUGCAAAUAAUCCUGAUCUUGAGGAGAUGGAACGACUUAUGGAUGAUGGGAUUGAUGAAGACAGCGGAGAAGACGCAGGUGAAGAUGGCAAUACAGAGCAGCAGCCUGGAUUCAUGGCUUCUGCUUGGUCCUUUAUCACAACCUUCUUCACAUCACUGAUUCCUGAAGGGCCUCCACAGGUUGGCAAUUAAAUGGAAAAGGAACUGUGUCAGGCAGCCUCAGUAGCCAUACGUAGAAGUGGAGCAGAUCCUAGAGAGUGUUCUAAAUACAGUGCAAUUUCUGAAAAUUUAUAAUGUUUUCUUUUUGAUCAUGGUGUACAAAAAUGUGUAUUUUUUUUUUUUGGCUUUCUUAUGCAUUGAAUAUGUUAAGCACAAGUGGACUACUAAAUGCUUUCUUUAAAAUUCUUCUUUUUCUGAAGAAUAAAAUGUAAAGAUAUUGGUCUUCCAUGUUUGGUUUUAAUUUCAAAUGCGUGUUACUCUGAGGCAAAGAGCUUGUACGUAAUCUGCACCAUUACCUCUUUAAAGAGCUGUUAAAAAUAUGAAUGUUGACACACCUUUCAAAAUGCUCUCUGUUUAUCUGAAUAAUGUAUCUUGUGUUAGUUUGAUGCAGUCUAUGAAUUCUGACAUGAGAUUUGGAAUUAAAAUAAUUCCUGAGAGAAUGCAGUAAACAAGGGUUACUUGUUAAUGGCAUGUUGUCUUUAUAUCAGAAAAUAGUAAGCUUCUUCAUUUAAAAAGCUGAGAGCUUUUUCUUGAGACUGUGCUGCCGUUUAUUAAAGUUGAAGGUGUUUGACAGCUCUUCAAAGACAAUUGGCAGUGAUGGGAUAAACCUUAAAUGUUUGAUACAUACAGUACUUUUUAAGGAAAAUAUAGCUGUGCUGGGGCAAAAUAUGUACAUUAGUUUUUUUAAUAAAACUGUUAUGGUAACUCUUUUGGAUGUUUAUAUGCAUAUUUGAAUGCAAAUGGCUAAAUUGUGCCUCAUUAAGGAUGAGGAUAUGAUUGAGAGCGUAAUAAAGUCAUCAUGGUGGCAUUACUGACAUUGACCAAAGUGAUGUGUUUGUAGCAGCAUCUAUACAGGUACGAGUAUGAUCUCAACAGCACACUCUGUAUUCUUUAACCUCGUUAACUUAAUAAACUGAGAAAAAGAAAAUGGUACAUGAGAGAGUAGCACAGUCCUAUGUUAGGUUAUUGGUUGCUUUCUUUAGCUUUUAAUCAUAGUCAAGAAGGUACAUUUGGUUUUGUUCUUAAUCCUGAAGUUACUGUGCGCUCUUGAACUUAAAAAUGUUUGCAAAGAUUCUGUUACACUACUACCAAAAGAAAGCCUAUUUGAUUUCCAAGAACAGGGCAAAGCUCUUGAGUAUUCUGAAUGAGUGAUAAAUAGGGAUUUGUUUUUUGCUUGCUUGUGUUAAACUGCUAUACAGCAAAGUUUUAAGCCCAAAGAAAACCUUUUAACUUUUUACAAGUUUGUCAGAAGAGAAAUAGAAAUGUAAGUCUUAAAAUCAUCAGUUAUUUUAUUUGCUGUAUAGGUAACAAAGAUGAAUAAGUCGUGUUUAAUUAUGAUGUUUUCUUCCUGUUUUUACUAUGGAAAGCUGCUCUCAGUUUAGGUUCUUUACUACAUAUACAUUCAAUGACCUUGUCCAUGAAAUGUUACCUUUUAGUUUGGCAGAUGGAUCUAACUUGACUAAUAUUUAAGAGCUGCUACAAAAAUGUACAUUUUUAAAGGAGUGUCAUAAGUGGCAGUCUUGGAUGUCAUAGGCCUUCUUUCUGGAACACAUUGAAGAACUUUCAUCUGUUUGACCUGUGUUGUCCCUCUCAUUUUUACCGAAGUUUUUCUUUUACCAUUUUUCAUUUUAUCCUUGUGUUAGUGUACCUGUAAGCUGUGCAGUUGAGACCUGCCAGUAUCCAGCUAUGGACAGCCUUUUGUUGCUUCUUAACCCAUGUUGUUCAGGUUGGUUUGUUUUCCAUUUUGUAGGAAGCAGUUGGUGGCAGCUCUCUGCUGUUAGCAGAUGAGAUUAAGAAAGCUGCUCUUAUGCUGUUAGACCUGGUUUGGUUAAAAAGGUGUAGAAUUGUCACUGCUGGUUUGUAUUCAGACAAGGAUAAAUUUGACAGGUUUCACAAGGCUGAAAUAGUGAAAUGGGAAAUUCUGGCAGUUGGUUGGAUGUUGAGGGGGAUGUUCUGAGAGCUUUAACCAGAACACAGAGCUGGAGUGAAGUGUCACAGAGGCUACGCUUCCACGAGAUUAUCUUAAGGUCAUCAAAUCUCCCAGCUUCCACAACUUACCAAGAUACACACAAGGAAAAGCAAAAUUAUGGUUACUGAGGAAAGUGAGUGAGAAAUAACAGUAAGAUAGGAAGCAUUACCAAAGAGUCAGAGGAAAGCUACUGGCAGAAGCAAAAAUAAGGUUGUGAUCAUGAGUAAAUACAAAGCAAACAUUGACAAGCAGGUGGAGGUAAGAAAGGUGCACUUUUUAGAAAAGGAAAGAGCUUGUUGAAGAUCAGAUGAGGUCUUUGUUACAUGUGUUUCUGAGUGAUUUGGAUAAAGAUUGAACAGCAUAUGAAGUAUAACAGGUGAUGAUGGGAGAGAAAUCAAAACCCUGGCAAAAUAGUUGAUUUUACUCUAGUAUAUCCUUGUAGAAACUAUUCAAUACCAUAAACCAAAACACAGUUAUAUAUUACAUGGUUCUAGACAAAGCCAGGUACAGAACUGUAGUAAAUCUGUGGCAUGAAAUGUAACAGAAGACAUGAGUAUUAAAGCAUUGUAAGAUGUGCCCCAAUUGACCUGUACUCACCCACUUUUACAACUCUGAAUGUAGAAAAAGAGGUUAAAAUCAAUUCUUUAGCUUUCAGGAAGACCUGAAAUGACAGAUGUAUUUAUGUUUUUCUAAUGUAGGGUAACAGCGAGUCUAUGGCAGCAUGUGCAAUACCUUCAUGGUGUGUUAUGUAAGAGGCACUCGUAUCAGAAACAGACACAAGGGAAGCGUAUUUCAUCCAUAAUACUUCUGCUGUGAAGACACAGAUUAGAUCAGCAGUGCUAAUGGAACGGGUUAUGAAAAGAGCAACACACAGCUACUCCCUUAGCAUGAUUUCUUAAUAUUGUGCUUUGAAAAACACUUUACAACUGCUGUGUAUCCAUAAAUACAUAUGCAUUGACUUCUAAAGCUCAGCUUCUAGGCACGGUUUAGCAGUGGCGCUGUUGGCUCCACAAGUCCUGGUUUAACCCCAGCUGGCAGCUAAGUACCGUGUGACUGCUUCUUCCCUUCCCCCUUUCUCCCUCUCCCUCAUGGAAUGGAGAGGAGAAUCAGGAAAAAAAGUAAACCCCAUGAUGUGAGAUAAGAACAAUGUAAUAGUUGAGAUAAAUGGAAAUACAACGGUAAUGCUAAUUGUGGUAAAAAGGAUACAGAGAAAACCCAAGAAAAUGGAGGCACAAUACAGUUGCUCACCAGCUGCUGAUGAAUGACCAGCUCCUCCCUGAGCUGCAGCUGACACCAUUUGGGCUAGCUUUCCCCAGUUUAUGUCCUGGGCAUGACAAUCUAUGUUUGGAAUAUCCAUUUGGCCAGUUUGGGUCAGCUGUCUUGGCCAUGUUCCCUCACAGCCUCUUGUGUGUCUGCUCCUGGCAGAGCAUGGGAAACUGAGGAGACCUUGAUUUAGGGUAAGCACUGGCAGCAGCAGAAACAUCAGUAUGUUAUCAGCAUUGUUCUCACACUCAAUCCAAAACACAGCACUUAGUACUGGCUACUAAAAAGAAAAUUAAUUCUAUCCCAGCUGAAACUAGGACACAAGUGUAACAUAAAGUCAAACUGGAGCCUUCUUGGGCACAAAAUAGUGGACCAAGUGCUCUUUUUUCUCCUGUUGAGAGCUUGCCAUGUCUUGCUCAUGCUACUGUUUGGUUGAGAGACUUUGAGAGGCAGAAGUGGCUUUCCAGUUGUUCCCUGUUGCCCUUAAAUUCAGAUGACUCAUAGAGAAGUUACCACCUGAUAUUCUGGAGAAGUUUGCUUCAAUUUAGGACAACACUACCUUCUUACUAUUGCUGCAGCAGAAGGAAAAAAAACCCAAACCACGGUUGGUGAUGUUUGUAAUCAUAAUAGCUGAUGCAAAAUGACUGAUGCUUCCAUCAGAGGGUUGAUUACUCAUGUGUCUGCUGCUUGUUUCCUGUAAGUACUGGAAGUUUUCUAGUGUAAUUCAUAUUUAGCAGCCUUUGCUGUUGACUGGAAACAGUUCAGAAUUUAUCCCCGUGAGUGUGAACUCUGAUCUAUUUUUGGAUGUAUUUGAAUGGGCUGUUGCAGACCCACUGCAACCCAGCUGGGUGCACCCUUGUUAUUAAGGUUGGGAGCCUGCCUUUGCUCUGGUGGCAGCCAGUUGCCCAAGCCUCCAGGGUGUGAUGGGAAAACUUUGAUGCUGCUGGCAUUCAAGUUAGGGGGGUUAAUGCCAGCGUGGCUGUUCCUGUGGGUGAGGUACUCUUCUUUCAGAUUCCAGUAUUAGUAUAGGUGGGAUGAUGCAAACUGGGAAUGAGUUACUACAUCACUCGUGGCCUUUGUUUCAAAGCUGGUGCUUGUCCAGCUAACACGAUAGUGCAACAUAAUAUGUUUAAUCAUGAUUCCCACUCCUAAGAGUAUUUGGCCAUUCUGCAUGUUGGUGUCUCUGCAAGAAUGCUGGAUCUGGAGUACCUGUUCAGCUGCAGCUUCUUCCUCUUGGCUGGAUUUAUUCACUUGCAGCUGUCUAUGCAAGCUCUUGCUUUAGAAGGAAGCCAGGUGACUGCUGUGAAUGCUUAGCAGUUUAGACUUAUUUACAGGACAAUCAACGCGGUAGCACUGAUUGGAGAGGAGGGAAGCACAUACUGGACCUGAAGGAACUAUCCAUAAUGAGGCUAGGACUGGAUAUUUUGUAUUUGCAGAGGCAAGCAAAGUGCCCAGUGGGAGAACUUCCAUGGUACAUAAGCAGCAUUUCCAAUUCUUUACCAAGACAAAUUUUCUCCACUUGAUAUCAAAAUCAAUUUGUGCUUGUUUUAGAUUCUGUUUAAGACACAUGAAGAAAUGUUGCUGUAUAACAAUAAAGAUUAUAAUUUUUUUCCUUUA